AUGGCGACGGAGGGGGCUUACGAGUCCAUCCUGUGCGUAAAGCCAGAUGUCAACGUGUAUCGCAUCCCCCCGCGGGCCACAAACCGAGGCUACAGAGCGGCCGACUGGAAGCUGGACAGCCCUGAUUGGUCGGGGCGGUUGAGGAUCACGGCCAAGGGGAACGAGGCGUACAUCAAGCUGGAGGACAAGGUCUCCGGGGAGCUGUUCGCCCAGGCGCCCGUGCAGGAGUUCCCUGGCGUCACCGUGGAAACCGUCAGCGACUCCAGCCGCUACUUUGUGCUGCGAAUUCAAGACGACAAUGGUCGCAGUGCCUUCAUCGGGGUGGGGUUCGGGGAUCGCGGCGACGCCUUCGACUUCAACGUGGCGUUGCAGGACCACUUCAAGGGGCUGAAGCAGGAGGAGGAGCUGAGCAGGAAGGCCCAGAGUGGAGACCCCGGCCCCAAGCUGGACCUGGGCUUCAAGGAGGGCCAGACCAUCACCCUGAACAUCGGGCAAGGCAAGAAGAGGAACAAGCCCCGCCCCCUGAGCUCUGGUGGGUUUGGGCUCCUCCCACCUCCCCCGGGAGGAAAGAUUGUCCCGCCUCCUUCCCCUGGAAUAUCCAAUCACAACACAAUUCCAGAGACGGGAGGCUCUGUAACAGGCUGUGGUGUCUUGGAUCUAGACAGCAGUAACUGCAACACGGUGGUCAAGUUUGGAUCGGACCUCGGGGGAGGCUUCUCUGUAGCUUCCAGCCCCCUGGCCUCAGCUCCUCCACCUCCACGGACUGGAUUCAGUUCUGAACCACUCCACACCUCCUUCACCUCGCUCCACCCCUCUCCUCGAGGACAUUAGGUCGCCUCCUCCUCCUUCCCCUCCACCCAAACCGACCACAGAGUUCUGCAACCUUCUGCCCCUCCAUCCUAAACUACAGAAAAAGGUUCUAAAACUACAGAGGAAUGUUCUAACACUACAGAUGAAUGUUCCAGAAGCUCAGAAGAAUGUUCCUGAACCAGAAGAGAUGAAGCUCAGGGUUCUCCAGAGUUCUGGCCUGAA